GCCACAAUUUAAAAUUGUUGUUCGUUUCUGAAGCCGUCGUAUAAAAGGAGAGAUAGCUGUGUGUGCGGAUCUGUGGGCGGAAGGAGGGGCGCUCAUAUAAAGCAACUCUUCUAGGAAGAAACGCAAUGCUUCAGAAGCUAACGUCACGUGAGGACGUUGUACCAUCUAGUCUCUCAGUUGUCCUAUUUAUUUAUCUGCUGUAAAAACACACGCGUUUCUUUGACAUUACUGUAAAGUCACUUUGCUUAAUAUUCUAAAAUGUGUGACGACGACGUGGCCGCGUUGGUGAUCGACAAUGGAUCCGGAAUGUGCAAAGCCGGAUUUGCUGGGGAUGAUGCUCCUCGAGCUGUGUUUCCCUCCAUUGUUGGAAGACCGCGAUAUCAGGGAAUUAUGGUCGGCAUGGGACAAAAGGACAGUUACGUGGGCGACGAGGCGCAGAGUAAACGGGGAGUUCUCACUGUUAAAUAUCCUAUAGAGCAUGGUAUCGUGACCAAUUGGGACGACAUGGAGAAGAUCUGGCACCAUACGUUCUACAACGAGUUGAGAGUCGCGCCGGAGGAGCAUCCCGUCUUGUUGACGGAGGCUCCCCUGAAUCCUAAGGCCAACCGCGAAAAAAUGACGCAGAUUAUGUUUGAGACCUUCAACACUCCAGCUAUGUACGUUGCCAUUCAGGCUGUCCUGUCCUUGUACGCGUCCGGACGUACGACUGGCAUAGUGCUGGAUAGCGGCGAUGGGGUAUCUCAUACGGUACCGAUUUAUGAAGGAUAUGCCCUACCUCAUGCAAUUUUGCGCUUAGAUCUGGCCGGUCGCGACUUGACAGAUUACCUGAUGAAGAUUCUGACCGAGAGGGGCUACACCUUUACAACUACUGCCGAGCGCGAAAUCGUGCGUGACAUCAAGGAGAAGCUGUGUUAUGUGGCACUAGACUUUCAGCAUGAAAUGGCGACAGCCGCCGCAUCGACUGCGUUAGAAAAGAGCUAUGAGUUACCGGAUGGCCAGGUCAUCACAAUCGGCAACGAGCGCUUCCGUUGCCCGGAAGCGAUGUUCCAGCCGAGCUUCCUGGGCAUGGAAUCCUGCGGUAUACACGAGACGACGUAUAAUUCGAUUAUGAAGUGCGACGUCGACAUCCGUAAGGAUUUGUAUGCCAAUUCGGUGCUCUCGGGCGGCACUACCAUGUAUCCGGGCAUCGCUGAUCGGAUGCAGAAGGAGAUAACGGCGCUCGCACCGCCCACCAUGAAGAUCAAAGUAAUCGCGCCACCCGAGAGGAAAUACUCGGUGUGGAUCGGCGGCUCGAUCCUCGCCAGUCUGAGCACGUUCCAGCAGAUGUGGAUUUCGAGGCAGGAGUACGACGAGUUAGGGCCGUUUAUCGUGCAUAGAAAGUGCUUUUGAGAUGCCAUGAUCAUCCAGAAUGCUUCUCGGCCGAUAAUAAUCCUUGGUGGACCGUACGCAGGAUAACUGAAACGAUAUUUAUUUCUUCCGAGUAAUAAUUUAUUAUUUCCUGAAUAUAAUAAUUUUCUUCUUACAUGGUUUCUCAUCCCCUUCGGACUUCUUGUAAAAAAUAAUUGUUUACUCGCCAAUAGUUUUCUUAUCUUUUGAUAAAUAUACUUAUAGAGCAUUAACUCACAACGAGUGAAUUCUACAUCCGAUCAUCGGCGAUUCCCAAUUUUAUUGCAUCCGCACUUGCAAGCUUUAAAGAUGAAUACUUUUACUCCUUCAAACGCUUGAAUUAGGAAGUUUGUACACAUCGAACAGAGCCACUGAAUCAAUGUCUUUUUUUUUUAUUUCUAAAAUGUACUCGAUGUUAUAUUACACAGUAGGACGUUUAAGGCGGAUGUGACAUCAGUGAAGAGCCUAUUUCUUCCUACGUUUCCUCUUUGAAACUUUCGUACAACUUUUUGACACACAGUACAUCUGCCGACGUAACAAAAUUCUCUCUGUUGACGCAUAUACAUUAGAAAAUAAUAAUUUAUAUUCUUUUUCACAGAGCGUUAUAUGUCGUAUAUAUUUGUAGAUGUACUAAGAACUCAAUCAGUAAGUUCACAGCUAGAAAAGUUGUCAUUUACAUUUACAGGAUAUUGAUAAUUACAUUCGUAGUAUCGUAGCAUCAAAUGCUGUUUUGUUCAUGAAAUUCUAUUAGCUUUCAUGGACGGUUAAUAUAUUAUUUUACAGCAUAUAUAUGUGUAUAUAUAUAUAUGUAUAUACACAUAUACACACGCAUCAUAAAAAAUUAGAACGUAAAAAAAAUCUAUAUUUCUAAAGAAAAGUAUAUACAAUUUUUAUUUUCAUUCAUCCAAGAUAAGUUAUUGUGGAACGUCUUAAAUAAUAAUCUGAUAUCCAGCAGAUAUGCGAAAAUAAUGUCAUCAAGUUGUCAUCUGCUUGAAUUAUUAUUUGCGUCGAUCCGUUAUAUUCGUAAGACUACAGUUUUUUAUAACGCAAGUAAAAUCGGAAUUAUCACAAAUCAUCUCGGAUAAAAUGUAUGAGAAUUCUACAUAUGUAUAUCUUUACAGUACGACAGAACCGUGAAACAAUAUUAUCAAUAACUGUACCAAUAUUUGAAGGUAACACAAAUGAAAAAUUUACAUAAUUUUGUUUCUUAAAUAUACAAUAUGCACCAAGUCAGUAUAGUUAACUUGAAAUUUAACUUAAAUUUAAAAAUGAAAUUGAUUGUGAAAAUAUAUAUAUAUAUUUCUCAAA